UUGAUAUAACGGGAGUAUAAUAGGAAGUGGCCAGGCUCCUCAUAAACCGGCUCUGGUAAUUCUCCUCUCUACAAGUUCUCUACGCUCCAUUCUCAAAACAGCAAAGACUUUCCGAAAAUUUGUCUCCAUUUGUUGGCUGUAAACAGAGACUGCAGUAUAUAAAAAUUGAGGUCAUUGAGGCACGUGACUUGCACUGUCCAAUUGGAACCUCUGUUGACGAUUUGAGCUUGGCAGCAAGGAACAAGGUUAGGGCAAUCGUAUAUUAGGUAUGUCAUGAUACUAAUGCAGUCAUUCAAUACGAGAUUUUAUUCCUGAAGUAAAAUAAUCUUCGGCCUUGACCAUGGGCCAGUGUGGAGUGAUUUCUUCGAAAACGGUUUUGAUCUUUCUCAACCUCAUUUUUUGGGCUACUGCAGGUAUAUUGUGCUACAUUGGUGCGUAUGUUUUCAUAACAUAUGAUGACUACGAUCAUUUCUUUGAAGACAUCUAUACCCUCAUUCCUUCGGUGGUGAUCAUCGCUGUAGGAACACUCCUCUUCAUCAUUGGUUUCAUUGGCUGCUGUGCAACCAUAAGAGAGAGCCAUUGUGGCCUGGCUGCUUUCUCAGCAGUGCUCCUGCUGGUUUUUGCUACUGAGGUGGUAGUGGUGGUGCUGGGUUACAUCUAUAGAGCCAAGGUGGAAGCUGAGGUGAACCACUCCAUUCAAAAAGUGUAUUAUGAGUAUAACGGAACCAGUUCGGAUGCCCCCAGCCGAGCCGUAGACUACGUACAAAGACAGCUGCACUGCUGUGGGAUCCAUAACUACUCUGACUGGAUGAACUCUCCCUGGUUUACAGAGUCCAGAAACCACAGUGUUCCUGUGAGCUGUUGCAAAUCCACCAUCAGUAACUGCACUGGAACGUUAGCACGACCCGGAGACCUUUACCCAGAGGGAUGUGAGGCUCUGAUGGUGAAAAAAUUGAAGGACAUAAUGCUCUAUGUUAUUUUGGCUGCUUUGACUUUUGCUGCAAUACAGAUGCUGGGGUUGCUGUGCGCAUGUGUGGUCCUGUGCCAUAGGGGUCAUCACCCUGCCUAUGAGCUGCUGGUCAGCACGGGUUUAGACGCCUGAACAGCUCUAUGGGAAAUAACUUGUAGUUAGGACCAUUUUAUAGGAACAUUCCAUAAUUUAAAAAAAUGCCAUUGUGUCCAGCAUCAAAUGAUUGUUGGGAUAUGUGAAAGGUCAGACUGAGCAUAGUUGGCUAAAGCAUUACUUAGCACUCAGCUGACAACUGUGGCUUUCUGGUCAGCAUUCUUACUAUUUAUUUAAAAAACACAUUUUAAUUUAUUUUAAUGUGAUCAUUUUACACUUAAUGUAUAUGCCAAAGUUGCAUUUGGCAUUGUGUUAUUCAAGUGUUCUUUAAAGUAAAUUUGUUUUAUUUUGUAAGUAGUGAGUGAAAUAAGUCUAGAGUUUUUCUGCUCUAAUUUUUAAUGUAGUACCCUCAUAGUUAUGAUAGCAUGAUCACUUUAAUGGAGUUUAACAGGCUGAAUUACAGUUAUGAGGAAUGCUGCACUGUUGUUGUUGUUGUUGUUGUUGUUGUUGUUGUUGUUGUUGUUGGUUUUUUUUUGUGUUAAUUUGUUACUAGUACUGUUCUUCCUUAUUGGCCAGGUUCUGUUAUCAUAGGUAUCUUUUUGUUUUUGUAAUUAACUUACCUCAAACGUGCCAAAUUCAGGCUAGAUAAGAAAAGAGCAGCUUAUUUUGGAGGUGAUUUUACUUAAUUAAUAGAUCAUUUCUGUAUUACACCACUUUAUCGUAGCAAUAUAACAAAAAAGUUGUUUCUUUUUGACAAAGGUAUUUGCAUCCAUACACUUUCUCUUUCGCUUACGUUACUUUCAGGGGAAUGUGUAUAUGUGCAAAUAACGUCAGAACGACUUUAUUUAGUAUUAUAUUGCAGUACCUUUUUGGAGAACAUCUGUUACAGAUCAUGUUUAAGAUUUUAUACACUACAAAAUGUACAAUACUUGCUGACCCUUAUUCAUCAAAUUUGCUUAAUGAGCAUACACAAAUUUUACUGACAGUUUCAUUGUUCCUCUUUCUUUAUUUCAUCUUAGGUGUAUCUGUACAAUGAAACUCAUGUCUAGUGCGUGUAAAUUUCAGUGUAAUAUUUUAACAACCUAAAAAGUGCUUUGUGAUUAAAUAAUCGAAAUCAGUACUAUCAUAGAAUUAAAAAUAGAGAAUAUCAAGUAUUAAAAUAAUUGCAGACAGUUGAAUCCUUGUUCAAAAAAUUCAGAAUAUUCUCACUAUUGUAUAACUUGAAAGUAUGAAUUGCAGAUUCAUCAGUCCUAGAAGACCACUUGUAGGCUUGCAUGUGACAACCAAUGGCUCUUAGGUGUACUGAAUACUUUCCUGUUAUUGUUGCACACCUGCAUGAAGGGCUUAUUUAAUAUAAAUUAUAUGUAUAUGAAGGUAAACUCCAUCUUGACUUUGGCAGACAUGAUUUAAAGUAAAUUAUAAGCCAUUCUCAGUAAAUUAAACUCUGAUGAAUAAGGGCCAUGGGUCAGUGUAAUUUGAAUCAUAAGUAUUACUGGAGUAGAUUUGUACUCUUGAAUUGAUUUCCAAGGAUUUAUAAUUAAACAUGAACAAAAGUUUUUGCUACAACUGUAAAUGUUGGAGGGUUAUGGUUGAUGAUUUCAACAGCAUCUAGUUACUCUAAAUGAUUAAAAAAAUUGUAAGGUUUUAUAAUUAGCCAUUACAUUAAAUCUAAAUUUGACAAAGUGAGGUAGGGACUGGAUACCUUUUUAGAAGACAACUUUUAAAUUGUCUUUCUAUUGUUAAACUUUCUGACGGUUUUAAACAAGAAUUAUUAUUAUUUAUUCCUUUUACCUGUGGAAGCACUGUAUGUACAUGUGAACCCUUACAGAAGUACAUAGAUAAUUUUUAAUAUAGAUUUUUCAGUAACUCACUUUGAAUUUAGUUUUCCAUUUAUCUUUACACGUGUACUGACAUACAUACAGUGUUUUGAGUUAUGGAAGGGUAUGUUGCAUUUUAAUGACAUAACUGAGUUAUGUUAAUAAAUUAAACAACCAGUG